UCUCUGCAAUAAUUAACCACUUUAUCUCCCCAGUCACAAAUACAUUGGAUUGACGAGCUCGCCCUAAGAUCACCGCAGUUUCGCUCCCGAGAAGUCACACAAGCUCUCGGAAAGCGGGCACAAGGCAGAACGGCAGGAGAAGGGAACGAGACGAGGCGAGACCAUGGCAACCACCACGACAGUUUCAACAACAGCAAGAGCAACAGCAACAACAACUACAACUACAACGGCAGUGACGGCGACCGCAACAACGAGGACAGGAACACGAACAAGAGCCACCACCACCCGGACCGCCCGGACCACCCGGACCACCCGGACCACCCGGACAAGCACCAAGCCAACAACAACAAGGAUGCCGCCGCCCAACAACAGCAGCAGCAAGAUCCCGCUGCCCCCGCCCCUUCUCGCCUCCCCGCGCGGCACCGCUUUCGAGCGCGCCGUCUGGAGCCUGACCUACCAGAUCCCGCGGGGCUCCUUCAGCACCUACGCCCUGCUGGCCGCGCGCCUCGGGUCGUCGCCGCGGGCCGUCGGCAACGCGCUGAGGCGGAACCCCUUUGCUCCCGCGAUUCCCUGCCACCGCGUGGUAGCAACGGGCGGCACGCUCGGCGGGUUCAAGGGCAAGAUUGGCCGGCGCGAUGGCGAGGGCAUCACGCUGGCCGAGAAGCGGGCGCUGCUCCGCAAGGAAGGCGUCAAGCUGGAAGGGGAUGGGCCCAAUGUUCGCGUGCUGGGGACGCCCUUCGCCGGCUUUGUUUGACUGCCCGCUUCUCCUCCGUGUCCGCGCUU